CUCGUGGCGUGCGUUUCGCAGGGAGCGGCGAAAUAUUAUAUAUAUAUGUGUAUUGGAAUUAUCGAGAGUGAAACGAAAACACCGUUGACAAUUAUCACUUGAAGAAAUUACAGUGCAAUCAAUCGUACUUUGUCCCUUAUAUUUUUUUCUGUUUAUUGUUUUUUUUUUUUGCAUUUUCUGCUGCUGUUUUGAGAUGAAAGACGGCAGCAGCAGUCAUGGUAAUCGUGAGUGAGACAAAGGAAAGUGGCAGGCAGUCGCGUUCAGUUUGAAGCCGCCAUACCACAAAAAAGAAAAAAAAAUAUAAAUAAAUAAAUAAUCCGCAAAAAUAACGGCAGCAACAACAACUGUAUAACAGCAGCUACUGGAACCCGAGCAGCGGUCACAAUACUAAUAAAAAACCGGAGUUCUGUUCAUAUUUCUGUCAAAAUAUGGGCCAAGAGAUAUCGCAACAGCAAAAUCAGCAACACCAACAACACCACCAGCAGCACCAACAACAACAACAACCGCCCCAUCACAAACGACAACCACAGCGAAAAAGCUUCAGCGGCAUUAGCACCACCAAUCAGCCGAUCUACACGCCCGCCAGCCACCUAUCCACCAGCUCCUCCAGCACCUCCACCACCACCACCACAAACAACAAUAGCAAUAAUAAUAAUAACAAUAAUACUAAUAGUAACAACAAUCAGAACUACCGAUUGCGACACAAGUACAAUCUGAGCAAACAAACGUACGAGAGGAGCAAAAUACCAGCGAGUGGAGCGAGUACCAGUCAAUCGGAUACGGAUUCGCACUACGCCAAGUUGAAUCUGCAGAGGAGCAGUUCGCAGAGUUCGGACAGUGGGAUUUAUAACUCGUCGUGCCACUGCAGUUCCAUAUCCUCGAUAUCGGCCGUUAGCAGUAGUGCCAGCAGCAGUCGCAGCAGCAGUAGCUCCAGUAGAGGCUGUCCCAGUUCACUGGUUUCGAGCAAAUCGAAUCGAUCGCUGGACAAGCAGAAGCACUACCUGAGCCACCACCUGUACAUCAAGUCCUAUCUGGAUAUCUUGGAGGAGGACGAGCGGGCACGGGCGCAUUUCAAAUCCGCUCGUCCAGGAGGCAUUCGCAACUAUACACCCAAGAUCUUGGCCAGCGGGGAAUCGAGUAUUUCGGGGCAUUGCAGCAGCAACACGAACACCGGCACAUCGACAGCGUUAUCCUCGAGUGCUCCGGCUCAUUGUUACGGUCCGGGAAAGCGGACCACAUCCGGAGGAGGAUCAGGAUCAGGAUCAGGAGUAGGAGUAGGAGCAACCGGACAACCGGGCAAACACUGUCAGGAGGAUCCCGUCGAUCCCGAGAACAAGGUCCAGGAGCCAACCGUCAUACGUCGUCAGUAUGAUUUCGUGGUGAUCGGUGGCGGAUCCGCUGGCGCCGUGGUGGCCAAUCGACUGAGUGAGGUGCGCAACUGGACGGUGCUGCUCCUGGAGGCCGGCGGCGAUGAAACGGAGAUCUCGGACGUGCCAGCUCUGGCCGGAUAUCUGCAGCUAACGGAGUUGGAUUGGAAGUACCAGACAACGCCGUCGUCCACCCGCCAGUAUUGUCAGGCGAUGAAGGGCGAUCGCUGCUUUUGGCCGAGGGGCAAAGUGCUGGGCGGAAGUUCUGUCCUCAAUGCGAUGGUCUAUGUACGCGGCUCCAAGAACGACUACAAUCAUUGGGCCUCGUUGGGUAAUCCGGGCUGGGACUACGACAGCAUGCUGAAGUACUUCCUCAAAUCGGAGGACGUUCGCAAUCCGUACUUGGCCAAGACGCCAUACCACGAAACUGGUGGAUAUCUGACCGUUCAGGAGGCCCCAUGGCGAACUCCCCUCUCGAUCGCCUUCCUGCAGGCGGGCAUGGAGAUGGGCUACGAGAAUCGGGACAUAAACGGUGCCCAGCAGACGGGAUUCAUGCUCACCCAGAGCACAAUACGUCGCGGUGCCCGUUGUUCCACUGGCAAGGCAUUCAUACGACCCGUGCGCCAGCGCCAGAACUUCGAUGUCCUGCUCCAUGCGGAGGCCACCAAGAUCCUGUUCGACAAGCAGAAGCGGGCCAUUGGUGUGGAGUACACGAGGGGCGGUCGCAAGAAUCUGGUGUUCGUGAAAAGGGAGGUGAUAGCGAGUGCCGGUGCCCUCAAUACCCCAAAGUUACUAAUGCUUUCUGGCGUUGGGCCAGCGGAGCAUCUGCAGGAGCACAAUAUACCGGUGAUAUCCGACCUGCCAGUGGGCAACAAUAUGCAGGAUCAUGUCGGUCUGGGCGGCCUCACCUUUGUGGUGGAUGCUCCACUGACCGUCACCCGCAAUCGCUUCCAGACCAUCCCCGUGUCCAUGGAAUACAUACUGAGGGAACGGGGUCCCAUGACUUUUUCGGGAGUGGAGGGUGUGGCCUUUCUCAACACCAAAUACCAAGAUCCCGCCGUCGAUUGGCCCGAUGUGCAAUUCCAUUUCUGCCCCAGUUCGAUAAACUCCGAUGGCGGCGAGCAGAUACGCAAGAUAUUGAAUCUGCGAGAUGGCUUCUACAAUACAGUAUACAAACCGCUGCAGCACAGUGAAACCUGGUCGAUAUUGCCACUGUUGCUGAGGCCCAAGAGCACCGGAUGGGUGCGUCUGAACUCGAGGAAUCCGCAGCACCAGCCGAAGAUCAUACCGAACUACUUUGCCCACCAGGAGGACAUCGAUGUGCUGGUCGAGGGCAUUAAGUUGGCCAUCAAUGUCUCGAAUACCCAGGCCUUCCAGCGAUUUGGCUCCAGGCUGCACAACAUUCCACUUCCGGGAUGCAGGCAUUUGCCGUUUCAGUCGAACGAAUACUGGGCCUGUUGCAUCAAGGAGUUCACAUUCACAAUCUAUCAUCCGGCUGGAACGUGUCGCAUGGGUCCCAGUUGGGAUGUCACCGCCGUGGUCGAUCCCAGACUAAGGGUCUACGGGGUGUCCGGAGUUCGGGUGGUGGACGCCAGCAUUAUGCCAACGAUUGUCAAUGGGAAUCCCAAUGCACCGGUUAUCGCCAUCGGCGAAAAGGCCUCCGAUUUGAUCAAAGAAGAUUGGGGCGCCAGGCGGGCGAACACUUCAUCUUAGUUUAGGCACUCUAUUGCUAAUUUAUGUUUCAACUAGUCAAAUGUGGAUUAACAGAUGUAAUAUUAUCGCUAUGUGUUUUCGUUUUAUCGAUUUCCUCGUUUCAUUCGCCGCUAAAUUUAUGAUUAGUUAUUCUGUUAAGUUAAGUGUACGAAUUCCCACAUAAAGGUUUUUUUUUUUGUUAUUUUAUCA